AAUUCCGAGUUUUCUUUAGACUUUCCUAGUCGGGAAUGACAAAUCACCUGAAUGCAACAAUAGAGACGAUCGUGUGAAACUGGAUAUAACUGAUUUACAUUAGUUUGGAUGUUAUUGUUGUUGUUAGGUGGCCUGUACAGACCCACGGGGUUAUUUUAUUGCGUUCACAGGAAUGUGUUCGGGCAUGUGGAGACAGUGAAAGAAUCCAAGUUUAGGAACUGAAUGUCAGCAUACAGAGCAGUCCGGUAACCAUCACCUGGUGCAUUCUGGGGGAUUGAGCAGUCUUAAGUGUGCGCGUGAAAAGCACAUUAAAUAAAUAAAAUAGCCUCUUCGGUGAGCAAAUUAAAAGAGUCGGACGUUAUUUCUAACACGACUUUUCCGUCAGUGGGUUAAGAUGGGAGUUGGUUGUCACGUUCUCAGGUUUUGCGCUUCAACUCGCCCGUCCACGUCAAGUUCGGGCAGGUAGCAGGUACACGCCCAGCCAGGUGUGUCAACCCGGAAGUGGAGCCGCAGCUCAGCUCCAAGGGCUACCGAAUAACCCAUUACAAUAACGUGCUUUUAACCGACAUGUUAAGGAGAGCCGAGAAGUCUUGAAGACAAGUGGAAUAUUGUCCUCCUUUUUAUUCUCUCUCUCUCUCUCUCUCUCUCUCUCUCUCUCGGAUGGUGGAUUAAAAACAAAAUGAGUUGGCUGCUGUUUGGACUGCUCCUGGCUCUGACUGCAGAGAGUUCAGAGGGAAAUGCAGUAAGUGUGAUCACAGGACGUUACACCAAGGUGAUCAUAAGCAGAUUGAAAGAGGGCCCCAACUGUUCAGUGUGUGUGGGUGAAGGCUCCUCCGAGGAUUGUAAUACACAAACCAUCACCAUCAAUGAGGCUCAAACCACUCAGGUGAACUUCACCUGCAGCAGACCUCAGGACAUCUUCACUAUUAAUAUUUCUAGAAACUUUGAUUGUUCAAAGAAGUGCAAUGAUCCCAUACAAGCAGACUGGCCCUUCUUCCAAGAUUUCAACAGAAUCUUUACAUGGGAAUUGAGAGUCUCGGCAAUCACCAAGUCAUAUCAGCUAGAGUUUCCAGCUCCAGGAAUGAGACAGAUCCAGUCAUUAGAACAAUGUCCUGACAAACACACUUACUCACUCUUGAUGUAUGUACGGGCAGGACCUGUAAACCUUGGCGCGUUCUGUCAAAAUGGUACAAUCUCUCGCAUCCAGGUUCCUUGGAGAGGGCGCAUAACUCUGGAGGUUCCCGGAGAAACAACCCUGAGCUCAUAUUCCUUCAAGUACACUGAGGCUGUUGGUUCACUGUUAACUGUAGAUGCCGUCCUACCUCGUGGCCAAUCAGACACAGACUUCUUCAGUGCCAAUGGCAUCCCUACUGACUAUACAAUGAUGUGGAACUUUGUUUUACCACCCAAGCAUAACUUCACAGUCCGUUUCCUGAAAUACAACGAACCAGAAUGCCAAAGCAACGCAGUUAAAAUAAAGUACCAGCUGGCCGACACAGCUCCAGUUGAAAAAACACUGACGGAAGAGCAACCUGCUAAUUAUCAGGGAAACUUCAGCUUGUUUCUGACAAAUUGUAAUGUCAAGAGUGUUGGGGCUCCCAGUGUUCCUGGGCUCUUGCUCAACUUUAGGGUCUCUGUGUCUAGGAGUGGAGUUCCAGAUCUCUGCACAGUAGAUCUUCGGAGUGAUGAAGGGCUAAGUCUUCAAAUAGAGAAGAAGAAUCUGGACACGUUCUGUGAGAUGCGUAUGGAUACAGUGGUGCAGGAGAAGAUCGUAGUUCCAGCAGGCUCCAAAGUCAAUCUGUCGUUCUUGGACUGCCCCAAGGACGAUCUUAUUCUCACAGCCACGAAGACCAUUGCGUGCCAGAGUUUGUCCUUGUGUCCAGUAGCUGGGACUCUCCUCACCAUCCCGAUUUUAAGCUCCUGCCUGCCCCCCUCCCUUAGCCAGGUCAUGUGGGUCUUGAAUGUUCCUGAGCAAGGCACUGUGGAGCUGAGAUCACCUCAGGGCAGCCUGUAUCAGUCAGUACCCGGAGUGCAGGAGUGUGAGGGCCUGCUGUCUACACUGGUCUCUGCAGACAAUGGCAUCAUCAUUGGCCGUUUCUGCUCUGCUAGCCAAGGCAUCAUUCAGAGAGUUCAGAUCUCCUCCAACGUCACAGUUACUGCCACUGCAGAUGGGAAUAAGGACCUAAGACAAGAGAAGGCACCUGUCCUCAACGUGUCCUUUAGUUCAGAGAUCACAGAGACCUUGAUCUACACAGUCUCUCCACUAAUCUCAACCCCUGCACUCCUCGUGACGCCCAACUGGCCUGGGGCGAUGAAACCGGACUCCACCUUGUCAUGGAUCGUAAAUGUUCCAGAGGAGUACAGUGCUCAGUUGUGCUUCAUCAACAUCAGCUUGCCACGCUGCAGUGUGAAUCACGCUGAAGUUAGCAUUCAGGAGCUGGACUCGAAUGUGCAGCUGGGCUUCAGGGAGGACAAGCCAUUGGUUCUUGAACACAACAUUAUGAGGAGUUUCUACCUCAACAUGUCCAACUGCACACCUGAUGAAGGCAAAUUUGCCAUUCUCAGCAAAAUCUCCUUGCAGAAGAAGCCCAGCAAACUGUUGGGCAUCGUUUUGGGUGUGGUUGGCACACUGUUGGCAGUCUUGAUCAUCGUUCUUAUUGUAGUUUGUGUGGUAGUAAGAAAAAAGAAGCGGCAAAUGAACAGCAGGUCCUCCAUUUACAUUCCCAAAGGGAACGCUUUUCUUCCUGGUGAUGCGAGUUUCCCAAAAUCACGAGCCAACAACGAGUCCCACGUGUACACCUGCAUUGAUGAUACCAUGGUGUAUGGCCAUCUUCUGGAGCAGGACGGGAGUGGUCCUGGCCAUUUCAAUGGCCACCAAGUGGAUAGUUAUCACGCGUUCGCCGGCCCCAUGGACAAGAUACUGGAUACUGGAUACGAACAGAAUGUGGAGCGAGGACCUGACAAGGAUAAGUAUCAUCCCUUCCUGGCUCCAUCCGCAACCUUUAUCCCUCCCAGGCCUCGGACUCCACUGGGUCCUUCAAACUCAAUGGACUAUGAGGACCCCAGGAUGGUGGAUAAUGUACUGUAUACAUUCAAAACCCCGGGCGACCCAACUCCAAUCCGCCUCUCUGCUGCAGAACCAGCGCUUUUGCCAGAGCCUGAGGCCGAGUCUUUCUCCGAGUCUGAGCUUGAGCCAGAAUAUGAGGAGGCCAUGUAGUGCACAGUGGAAAAAUGAACCAUGUGACUCAAAGGUUGGAAGUUCUGCUCUAGGAUCUGGUAGUACAUUUAAUUUCUGCUGGGAAGCUAUGAAAGAGGGCUCCCGAGCUGCUCAGGAGCUCGUGAAGGUUAUAAACGCAAGCAGCAUAUGCCUGCCUGUACUGAACUCCAACAGCGCCAUCAGUCAAGUGUGUGUGCGUGUAUACACACGCACACGCGCACACACACACACACACACACACACACACACACACACACACACAGUGUUCUCUAUGCCUAUUUUUAUAGACGUUUCACAGAGAAACUAAGCAGAACCGUCUGCUUCUGUAAAUCCUCAAUGUUUUUAUUUGUCUGUCUAUUUUUUUCCUUCUUCUUCCAAAUCCAGUCUACUGACAAAGUCUUAAGGAAGCUUAACUUGCUUGUUCAUAAAUUCUGCUCCGGGAAUGAGAAACUUGAGAACUCUGUGAACGUUUUUAUUUUAUUUGGUGUCUGCUACUUCUGCUGAAAGACUUCAUCUGAAGAAUAUCGAAUAAUCUGGAUUCAGGUGUAAAAAUGUAGACGUAUUCUGAAAUAUUUUAAAAGUUGUAUACUUUGACAUUUUUUAAAUAAUAAAUUUUA